UACAUGAUCUAAUUCUUCACUCGCAUAUAGGGCAGACCCUUUAAUAUGGCGCGUUUCCCGUCUAACUUAUAAGUCAUUGGUUAUGAGUACACAGUUUACGGGAGGAUGCGUGUGUUUUAUUUGUGGUAAUGUUGUUAUCCGUGGGAACCUUCUCUUUGUAUCAUGCAGAGAGAUGUGGGUAGUUUCCCAAUUGCACCUACAGUAAGGACAAAACUGAUAUUUUCCGGUUUUUGUACAGCAGAGGAUGUCCUUGGGACCACUGCAAAUGAGCUCAGCCAAGAAUCUGGAAUUUCUAAGGAAGAUGCUUUGGAAGCACUACGGAUUAUAAGAGAGGGAACCCAAUGCUUGGCAAACUCAGAGGUCACUCAGAAGCAUACAGCACUUGAGCUACUUGCCAAAGAUCAAGGAAAUAUUAUUUCCUUCUGUUCCACACUGGAUGAAAUUCUAGGAGGGGGAGUGCCAUUAACCAAAAUUACAGAGAUCUGUGGUGUGCCAGGAGUUGGGAAAACACAGUUAUGCAUGCAGCUUGCUGUAGAUGUACAGAUUCCAGAAUGUUUUGGAGGUCUUGAUGGUGAAGCUAUUUAUAUUGACACAGAGAGCAGCUUCAUGUUGGAAAGGAUUGUAGAUAUUGCAAAUGCUUGUGUUUUACACUGCAAUCUUAUUACCCAAGCUCACCAAGAAGAAGACCACAUUAAAGCUAUGCGUACCUUCACUAUCGACAGUAUACUGUCACAUAUUUAUUACUUCUGUUGCCGAGACUAUGUUGAGCUUCUUGCGCAAAUUCACCUGCUUCCAGACUUUCUUGAGCAGCAUUUAAAGGUGAAGCUCAUCAUCAUCGAUAGCUUUGCCUCGCCUUUCCGUCAUGAUUUUGAUGACCUGUCUUUGCGGACACGAUUGUUAAGUGGUUUAGCUCAGCAGAUGAUCAGCUUGGCUAAUCAUCACAAACUGGCAGUAAUAUUGACAAACCAGAUGACUACUAGAAUUGGACCCAAUCAAUCUAUGUUGAUUCCCGCUUUAGGAGAUAGUUGGGGGCAUGCAGCAUCAGUGCGAUUAAUCCUUCAUUGGGAAAAUUCUCAAAGGUUUGCAACCUUGUAUAAAUCACCAAGUCAGAAGGAGGCUUCUGUACCAUAUCAAAUAACACAUCAAGGUUUUCGUGAUAUUGAAGUUUCCAAAACAGAAGCAAGAAAAACAAAAUCUCCAUCAAACCCACGCAAGCGUCCACGGGAAGAUGAUGACUUGGCCUGACUGUGCCAUAUUCCAUUCUAAAGUAUCCAACUCUUUGUAAAAAAUAAACCGUGUAUAAAUGUAAUGUAACAAAAAAUAUUUUUUGGUAAUUCUUAAUGGUGGAUUUCUGAAAUCUUUUCACAAAUAACAUUAUUUUUACUUCAUGAGUAUUAUUAAUUGAAUAAGCAAUAUACCUAAUAAUGAACAUUAAGAAAUCUUUGAUCAACCUUUUAUUUCAAAUUACAAUUCUCUGUCUCUAGAUUGUUUUUAAUUUGUUUUCUAGUAGGUUGCAACAAAUAAAAACAGACUCGGUACAAAGUUUCUAUAAA